CUCUUCAGGAAGAGGAAAGUGCCUUUAAAGGAAGCCUGUGGGCAGUGGUGUGGGGGCGCACACACGCACACACACACUCACACACACACACACUCACACACACACUUGCGUGGGGUGACCUCGCCAUAUAUACAGAGCCGCCCUCGCCUCCUCGAGAGUCCUGAAGGAGAAUCCCCUGGGUGGGGUCCUGCAGGAAUCCCGGCUGGAGCUGACAGGAGUCAGGCCCACUCUGAAGGUUCUCUCCAGCUUCUCUCUCUCCCGUCCUGAUUUUUGCCACGGGAUGCAGUUAUGAAUAAAGCUGCUAUGGACAUUCAAGUACUAGUCUCUAUGUGGACAGAUGUUUUCAUUCCUCUUGGAUAAAUAUGUAGAAGUGGAAUUACGUGAUCAUUCGGACACUGUGCUCUCCCCACAGGAUGGCAUGCUCAAGGACCUGCUCCCGCAUCCUGGGGCUGAGCCUCGGGACUACAGCCCUGUUUGCUGCUGGGGCCAACACGGUGCUCCUCUUUCCUAACUGGGAUGUGACCUACCUGUUGAGGGGCCUCAUUGGCAAGCAUGCCAUGCUGGGCUCUGGGCUCUGGGGAGGAGGCCUCAUGGUACUCACUGCAGCCACCCUCAUCUCCUUGAUGGGCUGGCAAUACGGCUGCUUCAGUAAGAGUGGGCCCUGCCGAAGCAUGCUCGCUGCUCUAUUAUCAAGUGGCCUGGCUUUGCUUGGAGCCUUGAUUUGCUUUAUUACUUCUGGAGUAGCCCUGAAAGAUGGUCCAUUUUGCAUGUUCGAUGUCUCAUCCUUCAACCAGACGCAAGCUUGGAAAUAUGGUUACCCAUUCAAAGACCUACGCGACAGGAAUUAUUUAUAUGACCAUUCCCUCUGGAACUCGGUCUGCCUGGAGCCUUUGAAAGCUGUCAUUUGGCACGUGUCCUUCUUCUCCGCUCUCCUGUGCAUCAGCCUCCUCCAGGUUCUCCUGGUGGUCACCCACUUCUUCAACGCCUUCCUGGGCCUUUUCUGCAGCCUCUGUGAGAAGCCAUAGGCAAUGCCACUUCACGGACACGGCUUUCAUCAGAAACUGCCUUGAAUCCUUUCUGCAACUAGGGUCCUCAUCUGUAAAAUGACCCUAGUCACCUUGAUCUUGGACUCCUGGUUCGUAGGUCGAGGCUCAACCACUGAGCCACACGGGCAGGGCACGUAUCAAUCACAAACAGACUUCCCUUUUAGGUAUUCCUGUGGUAAUUAUAGCAAUAAUAAUUCCUUGCAAGUAUGUUGCAUGAUGUUAUGCAUUUUAAAUCACAUUGUAAACUGCAUGACAUAUUAAUAGAAGGAAUAAUUGUCAUUUUUAUUGUGUAAGAACUUAGUCCAUAAAAUGUCCUCCAGCCAUGAUCUCCUUUCAGCUUAACAACCCCAUAAAAGUUGCCACAUGUAACCCACAGAGAAGUUAAGGCUCCUACAGGAUAAUGGACUUGCUUCCCCAAAGCACUCAGUUAGGUUCAGGUGAAGUCAGUACUUGAGCCCCUAUCUUCUAAAUUCAUCAGUAGUUAUGGACUAAAUUGUGUGUCCCUACCUCCUGCCCACCCCCUGCCGCCCCAAACUCACAGGUUGAAGCCCUAACCCCCAAUGUGACUUUAUUUGGAGGUAGGACCUUGACGGAGCUAAUUAAGGUUAAACAAGGUCACAAGGGAAGGACUCUAACCCAGGAGGACUGACAUCCUUCUAAGAAGAGGAUGAGAUGCCAGAUCUCUCUCUACAUGAGCACCGGAGAAAAGGACGUGGAGGACAUAGCUAGAAGGUUGCCAACUGCAAGCCAAGGAGAACGGCCUCAGACACCAACCUUGUUAGCACCUUGAUCUUGGACUCCCAGCCUCCAGAAAAUAAAUUUCUGUUGUUAAAGCCA